AUGGCUGUUAUAGCUGCGUCGAUAACGCCUGUGGACCGUGUUCUGAUUGCUAACUGCACCGUUAUUUCUGAUAUCAUCCUUGAUCAAGUAGACUGUGUUGUUGCCGCUAGGACGCUUGUGUCCUCACCACGAUCGUACAAUCCGUCCUUCUUACAAGUUCUCCUCCCCAAUAGCCCUCAUCAAGAAUUAUAG